UAAACAAAAAAAUUCAAUUUCUCUCUAGAGAAGACUUUCUCUCUCUAGUUCUUGAUUUUCCGGUGUACAUCAAGAACGGAGAUUAAAAUUAAAUCUGAUAAAAGAAACAUGGCAAGUAAUUUCUUUGGUAAGCCAAACAUGAGAGGAUCUUCGCCGUCUUCAGCGUCUCCAACAUCGUCUUCUUCAUCUCCGGCGACCAGAAGAGGGAAGAAGAAUGGUUCCGAGAAGCCAAAGCAGCCACAAAGAGGUCUCGGAGUAGCGCAACUUGAGAAAAUUAGAUUACACGGCGAGAUGAGUUGCAACAAUUAUAAUCCGUCUUUGUAUCCUCAGGAGAAUGUGAGGAUGCAAGGAGAAUAUUCAUCCAUACCAUCAUCAUCACCAUCCUUUACAUAUGCAUCACCAUCAUCGACUCCUUAUGGCUUCUAUCCAGAUAUGAUGAUGGGUGUACAUAGAGAUCAGUACGAAAGAGCAACCAUGAGUUGGAAUCCAAGCUACGGCAUCUUAGAGAGCCAACAUUCUUUGGAACCAAACAUCACCAGACAUUUCUUACACGAGGAUCCAAGUUCUACAAGGCGAAGUAAAUCGUUGGGAUCAGGAAACCAAAACUCGGGAUCGAGUGACAAUCAAGAGCUAGAUUUGGAAUUGAGAUUGUCAAUUUGAUCAUUUUUAAUAGUUCGAUCUUCACGAAACUGAAAAAGUCUCGCAUUGUGAUUAUGCUGAAAAUAAAAACUAAGCAACAUCUGAUUGGUUUCGAUUUGGGGGUAUAACUUAUUUUAU